AUCAGCCUCUACCCAAUGCCUUCGUGAUGCUGCCGUUGAUCUAUUUGGGAAGUUGGCUGGCUGGCGAGGCAGAGCCUCUCCUCAAAGCCUGGCUCCCACGGAAAAUAUGCUCAGUGCAGCCAAGUGCAUGAAUGAAAACGCCGCCGGGCGCGUCUAGUCGGGCAAAAUGCAGCCGAGAACUGCGCUCCUCCUGUGCGUUCUCCUGUCCCAGGUGCUGCCACUGAGAGCUGCAGAAGGUUUGGAGUGCACUCCUGGAUUCCAGCAGAAAGUGUACCAUGUCAAUCAGCCAGCUGCCUUCAUCGAGGACCAGGAGGUUCUAAACUUGGCCUUCAGUGACUGUAAGGGAAAUGACAAGCUACACUAUGAGGUCUCAAGCCCGUACUUCAAGGUGAACAAUGAUGGCAGCUUAGUCGCCCUGAGAAACAUAACUGCGGUGGGCAAGACGCUGUUCGUCCAUGCCCGGACCCCCCAUGCAGAAGACAUGGCAGAACUCGUGAUUGUCGGGGGGAAAGACAUCCGGGGCCCCCUGCAGGAUAUAUUUAAAUUUGCAAGAACUUCUCCUGUUCCAAGACAAAAGAGGUCCAUCGUGGUGUCUCCCAUUUUAAUUCCAGAGAGUCAGAGACAACCUUUCCCAAGAGAUGUUGGCAAGGUAGUCGAUAGUGACAGACCAGAAGGGUCCAAGUUCCGGCUCACUGGAAAGGGAGUGGAUCAAGACCCUAAAGGAGUUUUCAGAAUCAAUGAGAACACGGGCAGCGUCUCCGUGACACGGACCUUGGACAGAGAAACGAUCGCUACUUAUCAACUCUUUGUGGAGACCACUGAUGCUAAUGGCAAAACUCUCGAGGGGCCCGUCCCUCUGGAUAUCAUCGUGAUUGAUCAGAAUGACAACAGGCCUAUCUUCCGGGAAGGCCCCUACAUCGGCCACGUCAUGGAAGGGUCACCUACAGGGACCACGGUGAUGCGGGUGACAGCCUUCGAUGCAGAUGACCCGGCCACGGACAAUGCCCUCCUGCGGUACAACAUCCGUCAGCAGACGCCUGACAAGCCGUCUCCCAACAUGUUCUACAUAGAUCCAGAGAAAGGCGACAUUGUCACUGUCGUGUCACCUGCGCUGCUGGACCGGGAGACUCUGGAAAACCCCAAGUAUGAAUUGAUCAUUGAGGCUCAAGAUAUGGCUGGACUCGAUGUCGGACUGACAGGCACCGCCACAGCGACGAUCAUGAUCGAUGACAAAAACGACCACUCGCCAAAAUUCACCAAGAAAGAGUUUCAAGCCACAGUCGAGGAAGGGGCCGUGGGAGUUAUUGUCAACCUGACAGUUGAAGACAAGGAUGACCCCACCACGGGCGCCUGGAGGGCCGCCUACACCAUCAUCAACGGGAACCCCGGGCAGAGCUUCGAGAUCCACACCAACCCGCAGACCAACGAGGGCAUGCUUUCUGUCGUCAAGCCUCUGGACUAUGAGAUUUCUGCCUUUCACACCCUGCUGAUCAAAGUGGAAAAUGAAGACCCACUGGUGCCCGACAUCUCCUAUGGCCCCAGCUCCACGGCGACCGUCCACAUCACCGUCCUGGAUGUCAACGAGGGCCCGGUUUUCUACCCAGACCCCAUGAUGGUGACCAGGCAGGAAGACAUCUCAGUGGGCAGCGUGCUGUUGACGGUAAAUGCCACGGACCCGGAUUCCCUGCAGCAUCAAAUAAUUAGGUAUUCUGUCUACAAGGACCCAGCAGGCUGGCUGAAUAUAAACCCCAUCAAUGGCACUGUUGACACCACAGCCGUGCUGGACCGUGAGUCGCCCUUCGUCCACAACAGCGUGUACACUGCCCUCUUCCUGGCAAUCGACAGCGGCAACCCUCCUGCUACGGGGACUGGAACUUUGCUGAUUACCCUGGAAGACGUGAACGACAACGCGCCCUUUAUCUACCCCACGGUGGCCGAAGUCUGCGACGAUGCCAAAAACCUCAGUGUAGUCAUACUGGGAGCGUCAGAUAAGGAUCUUCACCCAAAUACAGAUCCUUUCAAAUUUGAAAUCCAGAAGCAAACUGUUCAGGAUAAAGUCUGGAAAAUCUCCAAGAUCAACAACACGCACGCCCUGGUGAGCCUUCUUCAAAACCUGAACAAAGCGAAUUACCAGCUGCCCAUCGUGGUGACAGACUCAGGGAAGCCGCCCAUGACCAACGUCACGGACCUCAGGGUGCACGUGUGCUCCUGCAGGAACUCCAGGGUGGACUGCAACGCCGCGGGGGCCCCGCGCUUCGGCGCCGCCCCGGCCCUGCUCCUCCCUCUGCUCAGCUUGGCUCAUCUGUGAGAACUCCUGACAUCUAAAGCUUGACUACCAAGUUUCCAUAGCAACAGGCAGAAGAAGAAAUCCAAAUCUGAAGACUGCAGUUUACAGUUCUCGAACUUCACAACUAGGCCUCAAUUCUUCCAGAUUCUCCUUUUCUUUGCAAUUUCACUUAGUCUGUACUUCAUCAUUUUUGGUAGCAUCUCCCUUUCUCUGUUAACUAGUGGAAUCCUCUGAAUUUUCCCUGCUGUUUAAAGAUCAUGGCAUAACACUGGACCUCCCGGGAGCAGGAACAAUGACCCCUUUUUCUGAUGUAUUGCCAUGUCGCUGGUCCACGCUCCACACGACAGCUUUGUCUGUGGGUUGGUAUUUGUAUAUGUCUGCGUAUCUGUAUGUAUAUAUACACGGUGUUUAUAGAGAGAGACUGUAUACAGGAGAAGCCUAGUUUUGAUAUACCAUUCUUCCUUGAGAGAUUAAACAAGGAUGAGAGAGAAGCCACAGCUGCCGGGCCCCCGGCGUCAGGCGGAGCACUAGUGCAGACCACAGAGCCGAUGCGUGUGCACGCCCCCUGCAGUCCCUCCCCUGCCGCCACCAGCGCGGCGGGCCUGUAGGCAGGGAGAGCAGAGGCGGAGGUCCCUGCUCGUGGGCAUGAACACUACACCUCGUUUUCACUGCUGUCACGUGCCACGAUCCUCAGUGGAAGUGCUGAGGGACAGAGCAGGAAAUUUGACCAUCAAAUGCUGAGAAGAGGGCUGCAUUUGCGUGUAUCCUGAGUGCACAGUGCUGCUGGUUCUUAGGGGGACACAGAUGGUGGUAGAGAAUCUCUCCCUCCUCGCUGUAUGUACAACUGCAAUGUCAUCCUGGAGGCCAUACAUGCAUAUUGAAGCAGCCAGCAGGUACCAUGUGUAUACAUAUAGAGGCCCACAUGUAUAGACAUACAUUGAUGCAUACACACUGUUUGUUUCAUAUAUACAUACAUAAAAUAGAGUAAAUACAGGUAGUUUUAAAAGUACCCUUUUGUGUGAAUUGACUACCACUGUUUGCAAACCUGAAAAUAAAAGAUGUUCGUCAUGUAUGAAAAGUAAUUGAUUUUUAUUCUGUGAGCAUGUAGAAGAGGGAGUCAGUGCUUGUACUAAGAUUAUCUUCUUGUUGAUAACCUGUAAAUGAACCAUCGAAGCUCACACCAAAUUUUUCUAUCAGAUAAAACUAGCCUGUGGCUUUGUAUUAGAGCUCACCACCAACUAGGGUAAGGUAAGUGUCUUAGCAUAUUUUAAUGCAGUUGCUUACUACAGGUUUUAACCACACGCACACACGUGCACACACACGCUUUCUUAUGCAAUCUAUGUUUGCACCUGUGCUUUUUAGUUCGCCUUUUGGAGAAAGUAGAAGUCAUUUCUUGUCUUUAUUGUAGUGAAAUUACUCAGAAAGAGUUCCAUAUAUUGUAUUUGUUUCAAUAGUAAAUCUUUUUGGAGCAUAUAAAAUGCAGAUUUUUUUCCAUUAAAAUAAAUGGGUAUUGGUGGUUAAAA